GCACAUCUCCUUCCAUUGAAAUUCUCUAGAAUUAUCCUCGAAUACGGCGGUCAAAUAUUUGACCCCAGUUUAUCUCAGUAGUUUAUAAAUAUCGAUCUUGACAUAAAACUUCAGUUUAAAUAAAACAAGCCUUCAAUGAGUACAACAGUAUUAUUGCGAACGUAAAAUAAGUCAAUUAUUAUAGAGUCAAGUGUUAAAGUUAUUACUAUUUACUGCUAGUUCGAACUACGUAAGAUUGGUAAAAUCACAAUGAUUUUGAAAAUUGUUUCGUUUAUAUUUUUAUUCACAUUAGUUCAAGGAAAAAAGUUAAACUGCAACCAUGAAAACGCAUUAGUUUCCUUUAAACGUCCUACCUAUGACUUUUCCGUACGGCUUUUGGACAGGGUGUCCCGAGACACUCGAUUCCACUUUGUGUUCUCACCACUGUCUACAUGGCUUCAACUGAUGUCUUUGGCUGAAGGAGCAAGAGGGCCGACACAAACUGAAAUUUGGCAGGUAACAAGAUAUCACCGCAUGAAAUGUUUCAGACGUAAGUUUAGGGAAAUUCUCAAUUCAAUGGAUGAAGAAUUGAAAUUUAUGACGAAGAGAACCAACUUUAUAGUAAUCGACAAAUUAUUGAGCGUCAAAGAAUCAUUUAAGACAGAAGUUAACAAAACAAAUACAACUAAGAUUAUUUCAUUAAAUUUUAAUAAUCGCGAAGAAGCAGUUGCAAAAAUAAAUGAAGCGAUCGAUAUGGAUGAUAUAGGUGGUCAAUUUGAUUCUGAUGAUUUUAAUUUAACAGUUUUACUGAUGUCUGAUACUGCAUCCUUUAAAAGUGACUGGUGGAAGCCUUUCAACCCCGUGUUCACGUCAACAGAAAAGUUUUAUUCGGAAGAAAAUGUUAUCCUCGGAAACGUGAGGAUGAUGAAUCAAGAAGAUUACUUUAAUUUAACAGAAGUGCCGUUUAUUAACGCUAGAGUCUUGGAAUUGCCUUUUAAUACGAACGACAGACUUUGUAUGCUUGUCUUUUUACCAACUGGAGGUACAGUGGUUGAUUUGUUUUAUAAAUUAAAAAAUAUAAGGUUAUCGACCAUUUUUAAUCUAUUUAAAGUGAAGGGGACGAAGUUUGUGAAAGUUGAAAUGCCGAGGUUUAAAAUAACGUCCGAGUUGCAGAACAUACCCGAGCUGAUAUACGAUAUGGGUGUGAAAAGGAUGUUCUAUCCGGAGUUGGCAGACUUCGGAGGUAUAUCCGACUAUCCAGUGUAUGCGUCUAUAAUGACACAGAUCGCUGAUAUCGAAGUUACAGAACAGGAGGCCCGAGCAAGUGUAGUUCCUGCCCCGAUAAUACGGAGACCUAAACAUAGUAUACCUUUUACAGCGAACCGGCCCUUUGCAUUCCUUAUUGUCGACCGAUUUACUGAGUCUAUACUUUUUGGUGGAAUGUACAGUCAUCCUUCUAUUUAGUAAUUAUUUGUUUAAUUAAAUGAAAUAUAAAUUAAAACACAUCUUUCACUUUACGAAUUUAUUGAUAAUGUUUAAUUAUGACUAGUAUCACAUUAACAGCCUCUUAUAGUAUUAGAUAUAAACAUAUACUUACAACGAAC